AUGGAGAAUGGGGUGUGGAUCCCAGGGAGGCUUGCGGAGUUUCUACCAGCCGACAUGGUACAGCAAGUCCUGGCGAUGGGUAGCCCACCCGGGGAUUCUCCAGAUCGGAUGGUAUGGACUGCGUCAACUUCGGGUCAGUUUUCACUGGCAUCGGCAUACAGUGAGCUCCGCGAGUGUAAGCCAUCUUCUUUUCUGUAUCGUCAAGCAUGGUAUCCAAACGUUCCCCAGAAGGUGUCCUUCUUUGUUCUUCGGCUACUGCGGAAUCACCUCUCCUUGGAUGACAUUCUUGCAUCGUAUGACUUCCAAUUGCUCUCCAAGUGUUCCUAUUGCUUAAUACAGCAGAUUGAGUCACUGGGGCAUUUGUUCGCAGAGGGGGGUCUGGCAGCUGAAGUUUGGAAAUUUUUUGGUUCAGUUUGUGGGGUUCACCUCAAUGCAGGUCACGUGAGAGGGAUCUUGGGGAGUUGUUGGCUUAGGCGGAUCAACUCGGAGAGGCUUAAACUCAUGUUUCAGAUCUUAACUAGUCUUGUCUAUUGGCAUAUCUGGAAGGCUAAGAAUAAAGCAAUAUUUCAAGGGUCCAGAAUGAACCCGGCUACGGUAUGUCGGGAUAUUUUUAAGGAUCUAAAGGAUGCCUAUGGCCUGGUGUUCUUGGAGUUACAGCAGUUGAAUAUAGAUGGGUGCUUGAAAGAUAACCCUGGAGUGAGUGGUGGAGGUGGGAUUCUUCGGAGCACUGAGGGAAGGCUGCUUUUUGCGUUCUCUGUGUACUUGGGGCAGUGUACCAGUUUGCAGGCGGAGGCUAAGGCGUUGCUGCUUGGACUGCAAUUAUGUGUACAACGAGGCUGCUUGGAUAAUCUGGUUGUUGAAUCAAAUUCGAUGAUGUUAGUCUGA